AUGAGGGUCAAAUUGUCAGUCGCGGGCCAUGGAUUUCCCAAGCCCGGAGUUGUGAGAGCGAUCAUUGAAUACGUCACUGCAGACAUUGAAGACAUUGAGAAGUUCUACAACAUUACCUUCUCUGAGACGCGUAUCCUUCGUUUGAAGAACUACCUUCGCGAGAAGCUGGUUGAGCUAAAGGCUGUCCCAUUCCUCUUCUUAGACUCUGAAGAUCGAACCGACUAUAUACUACUGGAGAAAUACUUGCACCAACAACUUGGAGGUCUCGCAUCUUUUGGAACUUCUCUGGAAGAAGUCAAGCCUAUCAUUGAGCCGUUCGCAUCCAAACUGGUUGAGCUUGUCGAAACAAGACAAAAGGUAGUGCCAACUACAGGCAGAUAUGCGGCAGAUAAUCUUUCGUCUGUGUCUGAAAAUAUAAAGAAGAAGCUUCAUGCAGUCACAAGCAACGACCUUCAGUUCAAAACCCCAGCAGAUCGAUUUGCGGCCUAUCGUGCGAUCAGAUAUGUAGAGGAGUUGACAGAAGCGCUGGAGGAAUGUAUGACUUUCUACAAGGGAUAUGAUCCAGACUUCACAUGGUGGACCUCCUCCCCCUUCCAAGAGGUGACCCGGCAACUGCACUCUUUCCAAGCGGCCGUAAAAGAUAAGCUCGCUGGAAAUUCUGAUGGGAAUACUACCGACGAUAUCGUUGGGCAGCCAAUCGGACGGCAGGGUCUCCUGGCGGACCUCGAUGCUCAAUUCAUCGCAUACAGUCCUGAAGAGUUGAUUAACAUUGCCGACAAGGAGUAUACUUGGUGCGAAACAGAGAUGAUCAAGGCGUCCAAGGCACUAGGAUACGGUCAAGAUUGGAAAGCUGCUCUUGAGCACGUCAAAAACCUCUACGUCGAACCUGGUCAGCAGACACGUCUUGUCCACGAGCUGUCUGCAGAAGCAGUAGCUUAUGUCAAACGUCACGAUAUGGUCACAGUCCCAACUAUUGCCGAGGAGUGCUGGAGGACUUUCAUGAUGACACCAGAGCGACAGAAAGUCAACCCGUUCUUCUUGGGUGGUGAAAGCCUCAUCGUGUCAUACCCAACUGACACAAUGUCGCAUUCGGACAAACUGAUGUCCAUGCGUGGAAACAACAGACCUAUGUCGCGGAGCACCGUCUUCCACGAGCUGAUACCUGGUCACCAUCUUCAAAUGCAUAUGAUCGCCCGAUACAGAUCCUACAGGAGCCUCUUCACCACGCCUUUUUGGAUCGAGGGUUGGGCUUUCUACUGGGAGUUUGUUCUGUGGGAUCGCGGCUUUGCCAGCACUCUAGAGGAAAAGAUUGGUAUGCUCUUCUGGCGCAUGCACCGCUGUGCUCGCAUCGUCUUCAGUCUCAAGUUUCAUAUGAAUCAAAUGACGCCCCAAGAAUGUAUCGACUACUUGGUUGACAAAGUCGGGCAUGAANGAGCCACCGCCGAAGGCGAGGUUAGAAGAAGCUUCAAUGGUGACUACAAUGCUUUGUAUCAAGCCGGGUAUAUGCUCGGAGCACUGCAAAUAUAUGCCAUGCGAAAGGAAAUGGUAGAUAAUGGCGGUAUGACGGAGAAGGAGUUUCACGAUCGCAUACUCAAGGAAGGAGAGAUGCCUAUUGAGAUCCUCAGAGGCUUGGUGCAAGACAGGAAACUACGACCUGGUCACAAAGCAGCUUGGAGGUUCUAUGACCUCUAA